AUGGUGACGAUUUUAAAACCAGAGGAGACUUAUGCCUUCACAAAGGAGUACGAAAGAGACGAAAUGGAUGCCAAGAUGGCUGUGCCUGAUGAAGAAGAUGAAAUGGAAGUCGAUGAAGAAGAUGAGUAUCCUGAAAUGGAAUUAGAAGGGGAGGCUGCCGGCAUAAAGAAUAUGGUUGCCCCCGGUCAACUCAUCACUGACGACCCUCAAUUUAUGCGUGGUCACGGAACAUAUCUUGAAAAAGGAGGUAUCUAUGCAUCUGUCACAGGCGUUGUUCAACGUGUCAACAAACUGAUUUCCGUCCGGCCGUUCAAGACGAAAUACGUGCCUGAAAUAGGUGACUUGAUCAUUGGUAGAAUUACCGAGGUUCAACCAAAACGCUGGAAAGUUGAUAUUGGGUCUAAACAAGAUGCUGUUCUUAUGCUUUCUUCGAUUAACUUACCAGGAGGUGUUCAACGUAGAAAGCUAGAGACAGAUGAGCUUCAAAUGCGAAAUUACUUCCAAGAAGGUGAUCGUUUGGUUGCUGAAGUUCAACAGUAUUUUUCCGAUGGAUCGGUUUCUAUACAUACAAGAUCUUUAAAAUAUGGUAAGCUCCGUAACGGAGUAUUCCUUAAAGUCCCAUCUUCUUUGGUGGUUCGCUCAAAAUCUCAUAUCUUUAAUUUGCCAGGUGGCGUCGAUUUGAUUUUGAGUGUAAAUGGUUACGCUUGGAUUUCCAAACAUAACAAAAAUCAAGAAUCAUCCGUCAGUAUCACCCGCUUAGAGGAAGAGGCUUCUGAAGCCAUUUAUUCUAAUGAGAAUGAUGAAGUUGAUGCCUACACCCGGUUGAAUAUAUCUCGUAUAUAUAUUUGCGUGCGCGCCUUAGCAAAUCGAGGAUUGCCUUUAAGUGAAGCUGCCAUUUUGAAUUUUUAUGAAGCUUCUUUACUUUAUGGAGACUUACAGCAAUUGACAUCUCCUAAAAUCCUUGAUCAAAUUGCCGUUGAAGCAAUGCACUAG